GUGAACUUCAAGGAAAGAAAGCAGACAAAAAGUUUUUUGAGAUGAAUAAGAAAUAUAUAUUGGUAUUGGCACUUGUUUCAAUUGCUUCUUCAGCUACAAUAAACAUGGCUGAAGAGGAAGAGCCUAUUAAUGAGAUUGCAGAAUCCUCCAUUGAUGAACUGGAAGAUGAAGAAGAAGCUCCAAUGAAAGCCAGUCCUUUCUAUGAUAUAAGAUAUGUGAAUGCACUUGAUGCACACAUUAACAAAGUCAUUGAGUCAAACUUCCGAAAUCAACCAGUGAUUCAACUCCUCUAUCUAUGGACUGAAGGGUCAACAGUCUUGAAAAUCAAGAAAAUGAAUGGAGGGACUUUACGUGAGGGAAACAAAGUACUACAAAGCAUGAAUAUUGGGAAUGGAAGAAGCUCUAAAACUGGACAAUACUUGGCAUAUCGGCCAAGAUUCAGUGGUCACCAUCACACUCGUCUUGGCGCCAUAUUUGUUAAUCUUAACCGGCUCUUUCCUUGUGCCAAAUCAACUCGAGUUUCUUGCCGCAGGUUUACAAUAGAAGAGGAUGGAUUCUUAAAAGGAAAGGCAAUCAUUGAGGCUGCUGAUUUUGGUAACAACUUCCAAGCUUUUGGAGCAAAUGUUGAUACAUAUGGGCUUGCAUUUCAAGGUUGUCCUUAUCUCAAUGGUGCCAAUGGUUGUCUUCCUACAUGGUUUCACACAACGAUUACUUGCUUACUUCCAAGGUCCUGUUUUCGAAGCUGAACAAAAAAGAACAUGAACUGUAGUUUAGUAUUAACUGUAGUUUAGUAUUGUUGUUAUUAGAUGCAGUUUUAGUUGGUUUAAUUUUUUGUUAUAAUGUCAUUUUAGAUUAGUGAUUGUCAUAAUUUAGAUUAGUAGCAAGGA